GUUGCAGAAGCGUCGUUCCAGAAAAAACAAAUCUAUGAAAAGUGAAAAAUGGACAAGUUUUUGGCAACAAAAGCAGAUGACAACAACAACGAGGUCAGUACAACGACCAAGCCAAAAAAACCAUUGGUGUCCGAGGUGUGGACGUUCUUCACACGUGGUAAGGAUGGGACUGCUAGGUGCAAUAUUUGUUCGAAGUCAUAUCGCACCAGCGGAAAUACGUCCAAUUUAAAAGACCAUCUGACAAGGAAGCACCCGGAGCACAAAUCUUCAGGAAUUUCCGUACCGAAAAUAACUACGUACUUUGAGAGCGCCAAUACGUAUGAGGACGGAUCAAAACGUAAACAAAGCAUCGAUAUGGCAGUGGCAAAAAUGAUCGCCACGGAUGUUCAACCCAUUUCAAUAGUUGAAAACAAGGGUUUUAUCAACCUCCUCAACAUUCUUGAUCCAAAAUACAAAGUACCAAGUCGGUACCAGAUUCGCGAUAUCUAUCUAAAAAACAUGCAUUUAAGUAUGAUCGCAAAACUUCAAGACAUCUUAAGCAAGAUAGAAUAUUGUGCAAUCACGACUGACGGAUGGACAUCAAAAGCGAACACUAAUUAUUUGACAAUAACCUGCCACUUCAUUAGUGAUUUUGAACUGAAGUCGGUGGUUUUGUCAACCAUGCCUCUUGUCAAUGAACAUAAUCACACCGGGCAAAAUAUUGCAGACACUUUGGAGCUCGCGUUGAAUGAAUGGCAUAUUUUCAACAAAGUGGUUGCUAUAGUCACGGACAACGCACCUGCGAUGUUAAAUGCGUGCAAACUUCUAAAGAAGCGUAAUUUGGGAUGUUUCGCUCAUACCCUAAAUCUUGUUGUACAAGAUGUUUUGUCCUCAUCGCUUGUCAAGUCGGCACUUGGUAAGUGCAAAGCAAUUGUGACGUAUUUUAAAAGUAGCGCCACUGCUUAUGCUAAAUUAAGGACGGCUCAAGGUGAUAAUGCAUAUAGCCUAGUUCAAGAAGUGCCAACCCGCUGGAAUAGCGCGUUUGAUAUGCUGAAAAGAUUUUUGCAACUGAAAAAUGAAAUCAGUUCAGUUCUGUUAAAUACUCCGAAGUCGGAGCAGAUGUUAAAUGCAGAUGAAAUAAACCUGCUGACUGACAUUUGCGAGCUUUUAAAAAUUUUUGACGAUGCUACGCAUUAUGUGUCUGGCGAUACAAAGGUGACAAUUUCUUUAAUAAUACCGGUGGCGUGCGGAUUGUACUUAAACCUAGAAAAAAUUACAACCAAAUUGCAAACCACAGAAGGACUUGGAGUCUGUGAGUUAUUAAAGAAAGGGGUUGAAACUCGAUUGUUUCAGUACGAGACAAGGACUGUAACUAGGAUUGCCACUAUGUUGGAUCCGAGAUUUAAGAAGGAGGCCUUUAGAAGUCCUUUCAACGCCGCGGAGGCCAUGAAGGCGUUAGAGGAUGAGCUAACAAUUUCUCCUGCAAUCGAAAUAGAGCCAGAAGAACAAUUACCAAGAGAGGUCGACGGAUUGUCCCUAAUUGGGUACGUUCAAGAAAAAUGUCAAACUAAAAUCAGAAACAAGAGGGUGGACUCAAUCUUGGCACUUAGGCAGUACACAGAGAAGCCUAACUCUAUGCAGUCUCUGGAUCCUCUUACGUAUUGGAAGACUCAUUUCUUGGAAUACCCAACCUUGGCUGAAGUCGGCAAGCGGUACCUCUGCAUCCCGGCUUCAUCUACCGAAUCGGAGAGGAUGUUCAGUAAAGCCGGUCAAAUUAUAUCGGAUCGACGAACCUGUUUGAAGCCAAAACGCGUAAACAUGCUCCUUAUGCUUAACAAAAAUCAGUGGCUGCUGGAUUAAAUUUAUUGUGUUACAAACAAAGUCACAGUUUUCCAAAGAAUGGAUUAACUAAAUUUGUUAUUUUUUGUUAUCAAACUUUUUCUUUAUUUUUAUGAUUACAAAUUCAACAACAAUUCCCGUGGAACGGAUGAUCUCUUUUGUUAAUCUCAUAUUCAUUAUAAUCUCAAGUAGUUCUUAAGUUUAAUAAAUUAAUCAUGUUAUCAUUAAUCAUGUUUUCGUUUAACAUUAUAAUCAAUAAAAAUAAAAUUUAUUCAUUUCAUUGCUUGGUAUUUUAUUAAUAGUUUUAAUGUUCUCGAUUUUAGCA